AUGUGGUCGAAAAGACCGUGUGGUGGUAAGCCUGUUGUGUAUGUAGAUGAGGAUGUGUGGACGGUGCUAAAUGACGGGUCGGAAGAGGCUCCUUCUCGGCGCAAGGGAGUUCCUUUAGUGUACAGUGCGCAGGACCAGAGUCUGUACUUGUUCGGGGGUGCUGGUCCGGGAUUGAACUUUAACGACCUAUGGAAGUUUGACUUAAUCGAGCGUCGAUGGUACAACGAAUCGACGAAGUGCAUGGACGCCUGGAGUGGUCACCACAGUGGGGAAGACGUUCCGUAUCCGGUGCCGCGAGCGUACCACGUGCUGCAGAUAUUCAACUCGAAGCUGGUGGUGUACGGCGGGUACGGCGUAAAUGACGACUCGGAAAUGUAUUGGGAAUAUGACCUCCGGACUCACCAAUGGAAGAAUGUUAUAUUUAGGGACGCCAACCCGGGCCUGAGGUUCGGACUGGCGGCCUGCAUCCACAACGAGAGUCUAUACAUUUGCACAGGCCAGCUGCAAAGUCGACUGGUCUCCAGCACGCUGUGGCGACUGGACCUGCGCUCCAAGACCUGGCAGCAGGUAGUGGCCACCGGGGCGCCGCCUACGCCGCGAACCUACGCUGCUCACACGCUCCUUCGGCCCCACGGACGCUGGCUCAUCCACGGCGGCUCCUCCUCCGACACAGUCUUCAACGACACCUACGAACUAGACCUAAACACCUUCCACUGGCACCCCUCCCUCAUCCUCUGCACUCCACCGACUCUAGAGGGGCACACCCUCGACGCCUUGCAGACCCAGUGGGAGUCCACUUGUCUCUUCCUCCUCGGCGGUGCAACCAGUGGACCCAUUGUACCCUCAGGCCCCAUCGCCAGAUGCGACCUCUUCCUACGCGGCCUCUCCUCUCAACUCAAAGUGGAAGAUUUCUGCAUCAGGCUUCCCAUCGUCGCCGAUAUGCUCUGGGAUCUCCAUCGAUCCAGGAUAGCCGCGCAGGAAAAGUAA